AUGGAUGGUACGGCGGAAACUCCGGUUUCUUCAACCUUUCGAGAUGCUCGCGCAGAGCUACAGAAUGCUUUGUCUGAGCUGCAAACGGACCUUGCGAGGGUGCUCGAAGAGAAGGUGUCCGACUUCCAGAUGCUUCUGGCGGAGUUACCAUCCGAGCUUCCGGCGGGAAUUCCAAUUGUCCCGGCGCCCUCGCCCAAGCGCGACAUGACAAAGGAGUUGAUGGAAACAGGUCCUGCGGUCGAGAAGGCGGUUCGGAUUGAGGGCAUGGAGCUCCACUCCGGCACAUCCGCACCUCGAUCAUCCGCCCGAUCCACCAGAGCCAGUGGCAUGAGGACCCUGGAGCAGGAGCUCUUCGUGUCGAAGAAGGCCGCGACGAAUUCCCAGCGAAAUUUCCGGCGCGAGAAGUCGUACGUCGGCUACGUGCAAAAGGGCUCUUUCCUCGGACUCCUCGUGGAUUCUAUUGGUUGCAGAUCAUUCUUUGAAGGAGCCCUUGGAAAAGUGGACCAGCUGCGUGCGCUGCAGGAGCCUCCCCGCAGCGGCUGCUGUGCGAAGUUGGUGCGCUCAUCCGCCUUCCAGUUCGUCACGACCGCUGUCAUUAUGGCCAACUGCCUGACUCUUCUGAUCUCAGCGAAUUGGGCGAUGGAAAACCAGAGCUUCGACAUCCCCCAGGAGUUACGGUACUUGGACCUCGCGUUUACCAUCUUCUACGUAUUGGAGCUGCUCCUGAAGUUCUUCGUCCAUCGGCUCUUCUUCUUCUGGCGCGAGGACUGGAAGUGGAACGUUUUCGAUUUCGUGCUUGUGGCGAUGGCUGUGCAAGAGCAGGUGGUGGAGUUCCUCAUCCAACAUGAGGCGGGCUCGGUGACGAGACUGUCGUACAUGCGCUCUCUGCGGGUGGCACGAGUGUCCAGGAUCCUCCGCUUGUUACGAGCGAUCCGCGUGAUCCGCGAACUUCGCAUGAUGGUCUUCUCCAUCAUUAGUUCCUUUACGGCCUUGUUCUGGUGCUUGGUUCUCAUCUCCUUGGUUAUUUGCGUUUUCGCCUUGUUCUUCCUCCAGAUAUGCACCGACUACUUGAUUGUGGAGCGAGACUCAAUUGGCGAAGAUGUCUAUACUGACUUCCAAAGAACAUUUGGAUCGCUCACGAAAACGAUGACUACCCUUUACCUGGCCACGACCGGGGGCUUCGACUGGGAGCGUGCCCUCUCCCUGCUGAAUCGUGUGGGCGUUGUUGGAUCAUGGGCUUGGCUCUUUUAUAUCGCGUUCUUCAACUUCGCGCUGUUCAAUGUGCUUACGGGAAUGUUUGUUGAUCACGCCAUGAAGUGGUCGCAGAGCGAUAACCAGAAUCUCAUCACCGAGCAUCGGUCCCAGGAGCUCCAGGAUGCUGCACGAUUGCAGCGGCUGUGCGAAGCCAUUGAUACCGAGAGCACGGGAAGGAUAUCUUGGGAAGAUUUUGAGUCUUUUGUCUCAGAUGAGUCGGCUCUGAUCUACUUGGCUUCUCUUGGACUCGAGAUCCACGACGCCAAGACCUUUUUCGACAUGCUUGCGGGUGUGGCUUCGGAUAAGUACAUCGACAUCGAGACCUUCGUGAAAGGCUGCAUGCGCAUGAAGGGCCCGGCCACGAGCAUCGACAUGCUGUCGAUGGCCUACGAAGUUACUCUCAUGCAUCGCCAGAGCAACCGGAUCGAGCGAUCCCUUGCAGAGGUGCAGACGUUUCAGCACAAGGUGGAACGCCUUCUGAAAGAGCAGCCAGCGCGACGUCAGCACCAGGUGGAGCGCCACGAGAUCCAGCACCUCUUGCGUAUGUUUCACCUUCCCGAGGAUGUGGCAGACCAGUUCUUCAGCUAUCUGGACACAGAGAACCUGGGCUCUCUGGAUUUUCAGGAAGUCGCAAAUGUCAUCGGUCAGUUCAUCAAGCCAGGAUACAGGGCACAGCCAGCGGCCAGCCGUCGGCCGCCGCCGCCGCCACCGCCACCGCCACCGCCACGCCCAAGCUCAGCACCGAAGAGCCAUCCUGCGCCCCGUCCACAGCAAGGCGGAGCCCAAAGUGUGGACCCAGGGCCGCUGGAGGUCGCGAAGCCAGAGGCGGCCCCAAAGCGCAAGCGAAGCUGCAUGCCUUUCGCGGGGACCUACGAGUCAGUUGUGGAAGCCAUCAUCCGGCCGCCGAGGGCGCCGUACGAAGCUUCGAACUUGGGUCCUACGAAGUUUCUCCUCCAGGGCCAUGUUUUCAAGCGUUUUGACCUUCAAAUCACAAAUCCGCGAGGCCUUGCGCUGGAGUGCAGCUGGUGGCGUCCGCGGAACAGGGAGCUGAUCUCAGAUGGUCCACUACCCUGCGUCGUUUGCCUUCAUGGGAACUCUUCCUGCCGACUGGAAGCCAUGCAGCAUGUACGCAUGGUCCUCACACGGGGCAUUACCAUGUUCGCCUUCGACUUCGCGGGCUGCGGGCUCUCCGAAGGUGACUACGUCACGCUGGGCUAUCACGAGCGGGAAGAUGUCAGCACCAUCAUCUCCUACCUACGGGACAGCGGAGAGGUGUCCACCAUUGCAUUAUGGGGCCGCUCCAUGGGUGCGGCAACCGCCCUACUGCAUGGGCACCGCGAUCCAAGCAUUGCAGGUUUGGUCCUGGACUCUCCGUUCUCCAGCCUGGAGAUGGUGGUAAGGGAGCUCAUUGACAAAAUGCCACUGCGCUUCAAGCCUUCUCUUCUGGUGGCUGCCGCGAUUCGAAUGGUGCGGAAGACGGUGCUAAAGCGCACUGGCAUGGACAUCCUCAAGCUGAAGCCUAUUGAGAAUGUCCACACCUGUUUUAUUCCAGCCCUCUUCGUUGCGGGUGUCAAUGACGAUCUCAUCGACCCGCACCACACCCACGACAUCCAUGAGCUGUAUGCGGGCGACAAGAACAUGGUGUUGAUUGAUGGAGAUCACAACUCAGCCAGGCCAGAGUACCUGGUGGACAGUGUCUCCAUUUUCUUUUAUGAACGGCUGUGCUUGCCCGCAGGACUUCCCGGCGAGCUUCCGCCCGUGCAAGUCCCUUUGGGACCGAGCGGCAUGCCGGAGCAGGAGAGCGGCGUGGACAGGCCUGGCAUGUCCGGCAUCUUCGGUGAGAUGGCGGAUCCAGACGAUGCAGCCAUCCAGGAGGCAAUUUUAAUGUCUUUGAUAUCUCCUGACAAUCCAUCCUCAUGA